UAUAUUAAAUAGAACAGCGCACGGAUUUGAGUGUUCCAAUUUACUCCCACCGAUAAUGCAUCUUGCUUAAUGGAGGACCCAAAACUAGAGUGUUGGAAAGCCAUGAACACAUCUAACAGCACCAGCUUGUCUGCAUCACCUCAUGCAGAAGAGGAGACAAGCAUACAGACAUCUGCAAAACAUGCGCUAGCAGCUGACAAGUCGGACGUGAAUGAAAACAUGCCUAGCAAACGGUCACGGAUUGAAGCAGUCCCUACUACCACAACUAAUGAAAAUUCUGCCUCAAACAUUUUGACGAUCACAAAUGCUUCACCAGUACCUACAGUUCCAGCACCAACCAUUUCUUCUUCUCCUGCCAUUAUGUCCUUUCCUACUGCCAUCAAUUUGACCAUCAGCAAUGGCAUCAUUAACAUGAAGAAUUCCAUAGCAGUGGACGGGGGUCCCACCCUUCUUGUUACCCCUGCUGCAUCAUCUAGUCUCUCUAAUCUGGCUGCUGUUCCUGUCACCUUGGUGAAGGGUACUGUCCCGACUGUGUCUUCCCCAAUGAGCACUGGGUCCCUGACCACCUCUAGCAUUGUGAGUAACAAUCAGGCCAGUAUUUCUCAUGCCUCUACUCACACCCAGUUGAAGGUGCCCAAUCCUGCCACGAUCCAGUUGCGCCCCCAGGUCUUCACUAAUCUUCAGAGUAACAACAUGGCUAUGGCCAUGCAGACACGGCUUUCUCUUCCAUUUCAAACCACAGUAGGGCAGAAUCUAACUGUCCCUACGACACUGAAUACUCUGCGCAGUCUCCAACCAAGCACCUUGCCUUCCUCCCCAGUCUUGUCUCACCCGAUGCAGUUUCAAACAAUGUCUCAAAUCCGAGGCGGGGCUGUCUCCAUGACGGGUACAAGUCAGCCUCAGUCAAACCAGCAAGGUCAUCAGCAACUGCAUCAACAACAACCGAUGUCCAUCCGACCAUUUCCCUUACUGCUGAACAGACCGCUGGCGUUAACUGGGCGUCCACAGUUGAUCACCGCUGCACCAACACGUCUUGCCCCACGACCACUUGGAAGCCAGGGUCUGCAAGUACCUGGCCAUCAGUCGCCUACCUCAGCUACGCUUGUGCCUCUCUUUAGACCAUCGCAAGCACCAAAGGUCCUUAGUGCAGCCACCCAGCCAAUUGCAUCGGCCCCUGCUGUCAAUGUACAAGGUCAGUUUGUUAAUCAAGUGGUUGCUGUUAGCACUGGGAAUCAGGUUGGUGUGACCCACAUUAGUUUCCAGCCUCCUAUUUCUGGAACAAAGGUGCUUGAACGCCCAGGCAAGAUGCCAGAGGCAAGGCUCAUUCCCAGUGUUACAACAACCAAGCUUAUUCGUCCAAACAGCAUUGGAGGGACCAAUGUUGCGAGUUCUAGUGCUAUGGUGGACACACUGUCAGGUAUGGUCAAGCAACAUGAAACUGUGUCCUCAGCAAGUUCUGUAAUAAGAAAUGGUGGCAUCAUUGCAGCAGCAGGUGCUAGCAUGGCGCCUAAACAUUUACAGGAUUCCACAACAAACACUUUGCCACUGGUUGGUGAACCUCCAGUGAAAAUGUCGUUCAUAGUUCAGCCAAGUGUUGGAAACUUAAAAGAAGAGCAUGCUGCUGCCUUGUCCACAGCUACCCCACUCUCUCAUGAAGAUAAAGUGCCAGGGCAAGCAGAGAAGAAGGAUUCUGAUUGUGGGGAAAAGAAGGAUGAACAGUCAGUUGAGAAAAAUAAGAAAUCUGAGGAUGUUCCUGCGAACACACAUUUACCUGGGGACUUUGAUGCUGCAAAAGCCAUGGAGUGGAAUGAUGGGAUCGGCACUUUACCUGGUAGUAAUCUGAAGUUCAAGCUUGAUGAGUUUGGCUUUGUGGAUUUGCUGAUGGAUGAUGGACAAGAGGCAGUCCUGGUAGACUCAUCUGUAGGUGUAAAUACAGCAACUUUCAAUCCAUCUGAGUCUCAAGCUGCCAGAGUAGCAGACAGUCCAUCUAGUCUCAUUAAGAGAGAGAAUGAUCCUAUUCAGAAGUGUGAGAACUGUGGCAAGUAUGGAUACCUCAGUGACUUUUGCAAGUCAGGAAGAUUCUGUUCCCAGACUUGUGUAGGGGCCUAUGCUGGGAAGAAAAACCUGCAUCGGAAACACAACCUCCUCAGUACAAAGAUGGUCAUCAACUUGAAGAAGAAGAAAAAGAAACUCCGGGCCCUUGCAGUUGGUGCAGGUAGUGGGGAUGCUGUAUCAUUGCCAUCUCACAAUGCUGCAGAGGGUGUAGAAGAAGAGAAGCCAGUGUUUCAGCCUGCAGGACGCAAGCCUCGUGGAUUUAGCUGGCAGGAAUAUCUUGAAGAACAGAAGGCAGUGGCAGCUCCAUCUCGAUUGUUCAGAGAUCCUUUUCCGGCACAACGCAAUGGUUUUAAAGUUGGCAUGCGACUGGAGGGGAUAGAUCCAAAGCACCAGAAUUUGUUUUGUGUCCUAAGCGUGGCAGAGACACAGGGUUAUCGCAUACGUCUUCACUUUGAUGGCUUCUCGGAAUGCUAUGACUUUUGGACUAAUGCUGAUUCACCUUAUAUUUUUCCUAUCGGAUGGUGUGAAAAAAAUGGGAAACCUCUGCAGCCACCUAAACAUGUGCCAUCUGAUGCCUUUAACUGGACAUCAUACUUACGAACGACCAAAUCCAUUGCUGCACCCAGAACAGCAUUUGCAAAUCAGCCAGGAGCUUCUGUAACACCUAGUGCGUUUCGUGUUGGGAUGAAACUGGAGGCAGUGGACAGAAAGAACACUGCGCUGAUAUGCGUGGCUACAGUUGCUGACACUCUUGGUGAUAAAGUUCUUGUCCACUUUGAUGGUUGGGAAGAUGUGUAUGACUAUUGGUGUGACAUUACAUCACCUUAUAUCCACCCAGUGGGCUGGUGCCAGGAAAAUGCACGCACAUUAUCUCCACCUUGUGACUGGAAGGAAGUGGAGACCUUUACGUGGGAAGAGUAUAUGCUGCUUACAAAAUCUUCACCUGUCCCUGCUCGAGCUUUCAAACCUAGGACUCCAAUGGGUUUUGAACCUGGGAUGAAAGUAGAAGCUGUUGACAGGAGAAAUCCGAUUCUAGUGCGUGCUGCAACAAUUAAGGAAGUAAGGGAGCACCAGGUCUUAAUUCAUUUUGAUGGCUGGCCUGAGAUAUAUGACUACUGGCUUGAUGAUGACAGUCCAGAUAUCCGACCUCCACACUGGUGUGCUCGCACUGGCCACCCGUUACAACCACCAUUCAAUGAAGAUGACCACACCCCAGGAAGCUGUCCCACUCCAUGCUGCAUUGGUGUUGGCCAUAUUAAAGGAGCAAAAUAUGUUGGACAUCACAGUGCUUUCGGCUGUCCUUACUCUAUGCUUAACAUGAACAAGGAGUCCACACUACAGGACAGACUGGGGUCAACAAGGGCUGAAGAAGGCUCUGCAGCACCUUCUGCCUUACGUAUUAAAACAGAGUUUGGUGGUGAAAUCAGGAAAUGCCCGACACCAGGCUGUGAUAGCACUGGACACAUAACAGGUCGAUUCACCUCGCAUCAUCGACUUUCAGGAUGCCCUCUUUAUGAAAAAAAUAUUCUGAAGAUGAAAGCUGAACUUGCAGGCAGACCUAUUGGAAGGCCUGGCAGGGGCCGGAAAAAGAAAAGUUUUGAUGGUGGUGAUCCUACUACACGAAGCCAAAGCGAUGACCAUUAUCAAAGAGAUUAUGACUCUAUGGCAGUGCUUCAUGAGGGCAUCCACCAGUCUGUGUUCAUGUCUGCAAUUCCACCAGCACCUUCCCAAGAAAACCCUCCUUUCUGGGAGCAUCAUGUCAAAUUGCUGCCAGGCGUUAGUCAGAUCACUGGUAAUGAUGUUAGGCAGUGGUCAAUAGCAGAGGUAGCCACUUUUGUGGCUUCAUUGCCAGGCUGCUGGGAACAGGAAAAAGUCUUCAAAGAACAGCAAAUUGAUGGUGAGGCUUUCUUGUUGCUGAACCAAGCAGACAUUGUGAAAAUCAUGAACAUCAAGCUGGGACCUGCACUGAAGAUCUUCAACAGUAUACUUAUUUUCAAGCAGACGCUAGACUUGUGAUAUACUCUGUGAUAAAAGUGACAUUUAUUUUGAAGGAAAUGGACUUAUCCAUGGACUAACAAAUUUUAAGCAUGACUCAUAACUGUAAACUGCACAGCAAAUCUUUCAGAUAAACAGUUUAAAGAUUAGCUCAUCCUAAUUUGACUGUUCAUUAUAAGACUUUCCACUUUCUUGAUUCAAGUUUAAUGUGCAUGUAAUGAUUGAGAUUGUGAGCUGCAAUGCAGAUCCAUUUGAUUAUUGAAAAGACUGGGCUUCAUAGGUCAUGGCAGACAGGUAAAAUUACAGGGUUUACAUUCCAGGCUUUUCUGCUGGAAUGUAUGUUUUUUUAAGACUUGGGUCAGGUGACAAAUAAAAACACUAAAACACUUUCCAUCAUUUUUAAGACUAACAGUUUUUUUUUUCUUUCCAUUUUUUAAAUUUUUUAACGCUGUACUUUCUUCCCUUCUCAGUCUUUAACUUUUGUUGCUGCUUAAAACUUUAAGUUAAGGGAUAAGCAUGAUUGUCUUGUUUAUAUAUACAUAUAUAUUUUUAUACAUACAUAUGUGUGUGUAUGUAACAUUCGAACAGAAAAGUUUUGCAUCAUGCCUUGAUUUGUAGUCAUUUUUUUCUUACACCAAACCAAAUUUCAGAUCCCUUUUUGGAUUAUAAAAGGUAGCCAGUACAUGCAUAAAUUGUGCUGUGUUUGGACAAAUACAUUGUCAACACAUAUUGCCCUUUUAUUUUCCUUUGUGGUCUUUGUUCUUUUCCUUGUGUAUUUCCUGUAGGGUUUCACAGCAAAGUCACAUGGGCUGGAAGAAUCCCAGAUAUUAGAUUGGGAAAUAAAUGGGAGUAGUCCACUAGUUUGCACCAGUAGCUUGCAGAAUGUUAGGUCUUGGAUAUACCUUUUUACCCAGGAACAUGUUUGACUAUGGUGGUGAAUUAAUCAGUCUGCAUCGAUAAUCUCAAAAAAAUGUGUACCAUUUUCUCAGGGAACACCUAUUUAAAAAAAAGAGAGCAUAAUAAUUGUUUUCUAUGGCAGACCACGAGAUGCUGUGGGUGUAAGAUGAUACAUCGUUUUUGAUGAUGGACAUUAUGUACAUGUCCAAAGAAUUAAUCAGAAAUAAUUUUUGCAUUCUGCAAACUACUCCCCUUUUUUGUAUUGAAUUAUGUUUUAACACACAGGGCCAUGUUUAGGACUGUUGUCAGGUCACUCCACCUUAACACAAUAGCAGUUAGAAUUCUGCAAUAAAUCACCAGUGUCCAGAGUGCUUACUUGCUCAAAAAAUAUUGGCCUUAUUUUUUUUUUUAAAGACUUGGAGAAGCCAUGCUAGGAGAAGAAAUCACAGGCUUUUUAACCAUGUCUUUGAGUUUUGAAGCAUGGAAUUAAAAGACUGAGUAUAGACCAUGUCUGAAUGCAAAGUAUUUUUCAAAUGACUGGCUUUAGUUCAUUAAAAGAUUCUGGAGAGUUUUUGACUACAUUGUCAUCACUUCAGGAGGAUUUGUAGGCCAUGUGACAUGAGAGUGAUGUCAUUUACUCACUACUACUAUAAUAUCAAAUUAAAUCAGAUUGCCAGUCAGCGUAAACAUCAUGUGAAGAAAUAAUUCAACUAAAAAAAAGAAAAAUGAGGACAUAAAGAGUGAAUAAUUAGUGUUGUGUACUAUAAAUAAAAAAGCUGAAUCUCAUGCAUGUGUGCACUAAGUAUUGCAGUAAAAAUAGAUGAAAGUUCCAAUAUAGUGACAAAAAUCCAAGUUUUUUAGCUAAUUACCCAGAUCUGUGCUACUAAGUCCUUUUCCAUCUGCAAGCUUUCAACCACAGACUUGAAAAUGUGAUAUUGGAGCACUGCUGAUACUGCUGGAAGCAUGUGUCAAUUAGUCACAUCAGUUCAGUGUUCGUUGUCACAAAUUUGACCUUUUAGUGGUUAAAAUAUUUUUAGAUCAACAUUGGCCAGGCUCUGCAAAGUGUUGAAAAACAGUAUCAGUAUCCUUUGCUGGUUUAAGAUUUCUCACCUGCCUGGAUUUAAAACAUAAACCAUGGAUCUUGCUGUGUGUUGCUGAAAGGAAUACUAUUGUUCCUGAAAAUAAGUGCCUAAGGAAUCCACAGCAUUUCUCAUUGAGUUGCAGUGGGUGUGUAUAUAUAUAUAUGUAUUGUCUUUGAUGGGUGUUGGGGUGGGGGAGAGAAGGAUGGGAAGAAACACUUGUUGAUGGACCUUCAGUAAGCUUAUCUGGCAAUUGUUAUGCAGUGCAGAAAUGAUUUAUUGGGUCAGCAGAUCUCACAGCCAUCUCUUUAAAGAAUUCUGCUGGGAAAGAUAUAUAGUACUAAAGCAGAAAUAAAUGGAUAGUCUUAGCUGCUUAUGAUAGAAAAAGAUAUUUUCUUCCCAAGUUUUUGUGACCAGAUAAGUUUCAGCCAGUCCACUUUGAUUUUGGCUAAUGCAUUAGUAAGCAUUUCAAACUGUGUGCAUGCACAUAUGCCUUGCCAUGUGAUAUAGUAUAGAACAUGUAUAUAUGUUUGCACUGACUUAUGGUGUAGAGCAAGAUAGCUGAGAAGUUGCGACUGUUUGCCUGAUUUUGUAUAUUGAGAACAGUGAGAAUUUCUGUUGUUAUGGCUAGUAUGGUAAAUAUUAGAAAACCACACUAGCGUGUAGAAAACAAACUAGCAUGUAGAAAACAAAGGUGGAUGGGGGGAAUUUAUGCUUGUAGUAUUUAUGAGGAAUAUUCCAUCUACCAAAGCCGUUUCUUCUUCUAUAAUCUAUUCUGCUUUAUGAAUCUUGUAUGGAUGGAUACAACUGGCACUUGGUUUGCAAACAUGGUUUAGGGACUUCCUUUCAGUAAUCCAAACAAAAAAAAAAAAGUCCUGUGACACUUUAUAGAUUAUUAUAAACAUUAACAAAAGGUGAAAACUAGGACCUUUAAGUUGCUUACUAAACAAAAUUUUGUGUUUACCUGGACUGGUAUUUGGGCUUAAAAUGUAGUACAGUUCUCUCAAUACCUGCUUCAUUGAUUGCACCUAAAGGCUGAUUAAAAGGUAGGUAAAUGGAAAGAAUGAAAUCUCAAAAAAGAACUACUGAGAAGGAUAAAAUAUAAAAAGCAUAAAAUAAGCCAAGCUUUGGGAAGAGAAAAAAGACUUUUAAGUUACGUCAGGUCGACCAGCAGUUACUUUUGACCUGCCAAUGAUUGCAUGCUUUUAAGAAAGGAUAAUUUGAGACACAAAUGUGUUGCAGUGCUUUUUAACUAAUUGCUCAAUUCUUUAUCCUAUAAAAUGUGGAGGAUUUAUACUUAUUGCAAUUUGUAAUCUCUUACAUCUGUUUGGAGAGACUAACAUCUCUCUUUUGUGUUUGUCCUUGCUUCAUCUUAGUUACAUGUAGUGUCAUGAGAGAAAAUAUUGUGUGGCAUGAAUAAAGAAGGAAGUGUCCUGUAGAUCAAGACCUAAAUGAAAUGGUACAAUAUAAACAAUUGACAGUCACGCCAUUAUGUUCUUGUUUGAUUGUCCAAAAGAUGCCAUUAACUCUAGUGAUAUUGAGUGUUGUUGAAGAUAAAGAAAGUACUUGAUGUCUUCCAGAGCAUUUUAAACUUGUUAUCUCACUUUAUCUUUUAAUAAUUUCUUCAUUCAUCUGUAUAAAAUAGUUUUUAGAAGGGCAUUUUUGGCACUAUGAUAUGUGACAAACUACACAGUUGUAUGUAUUCUAAUAAACCAUGUUGCUUUAUUUAAUAUGUAUGCUGUGCUCAAACUCAUUAUUUGGCUUUACUGUACUGGUGGUUGAAGUGUCAUCUUGGUUAUUAUACUUGUUUUGUUUGAAUGGAAAGAUUAUGCUUUUUUUUUUUAUUAAAGUUUUUUGGAAAUCUCAUUGGUUUAAGGGGAGAAACUGUUCUGUAUUCAUUCCUCAAUUGAUGACAUAGGGAAAAAUUUUAAUUGUUUUUAGUCAUUACAGUUUCUCAAACAAGCCAUUCAUUGUCUUCAGUGUGAAAUGCUCAUAUACACAGUCUGUGUAGUUUUAUUAGAGUCACUGAUAUAGGUGGGCUCAUCACAAAAGACUUCAAAAAGUAAUACUUGGUAAAGAAAUUCCUAAAGAGUUGCGGUUGUGAGUGAAUUAUAAAGACAAUGAACUCUUGUUUUAAGUGUACUUGGCAUUGUAAACACUUGUGAUGACCGUGGUGUGUAACUGACUUCCACCAGUUACAUUUUCUCUUUCUUGUCCUGUAUCCCAUGUCAGCUGUUUCCCUCACUGCUGAUGGCUGCUGUUUCUUUGCAUUCCAGAUUUUCUAUUGAUAAUUUUAUUUGGAAGUAAAGAAUAACUUCUUAUCAGUUUCAUUGUGAUUUUAGUACUGUUUAGUUGAGUACAUUAAUGUAUGCAAAACAGUAACAGAUUUUUACUGUUCAUUUAAUCAGUGAUUUUUUUAGCAUAUUUUUUAAACAGAUAUUUUGCUUUGAAGUUUUGUUCAUUUUUUAUUCUUUCAUGAGUGUAUGGUUGUCUGAGGGAAAAACAUUUUUAUGCUAUCUAUAUAUAGGAAUAUAGUAUAGUUUUCUAAGAGAGAAAUAACUGCUAACUUUUAGAUAUAUCUAGGCUAGUACUUGAAAAACUCUAGGCUCGCCUUGUCUAGAAGUGUAAAUAAAAUGAUGUAAAAGGAUUUCAGUUUUAAUGCUUAUAAUAGCAUUUGUUUUGAAAGUGCUUCCAAUCUGUUCCCAUUUCUAUGUAUAUAAAGUUCACUUUUUCCCCCCAUCUUUCCUUUUCUUAUUCUCAGUUUCUAACAUAAAACUGUUAACCUGUGUGUGUUGAUAACUUGUCGAGGACCCUAAAACACAGGGGAAGGUGGAGAUUGUUGUGUGCAUAGUAGUUUUAACAUCUGUGGUGCUUAUACUUUAAGACCUUUUCUCCUGUUAGAGAGUUUUUUAAAAGUUUUAUGCUCACGUUUUAUUUUGCAUGGAAUCUUUGCCUUAGCAUCGUUUUGCUCAAAAGUUUUGAUUUUUUGCACAAACACACAGCUAUCAAGCAGUAUGUGCACUCUUAAUGCUCGACUUUGACAAAGAUGGUCAUGAAGAAGAAGAUCUAGAGUUGUAAAAAAAAAUUCUCAGCUGUUUUUGUGCAUUUUUUCAGGAGAAUGCCUCAGAAUCAACAAGAUAUCAAGCAAUGAUGGUCAAAGUUUUGAUCAGAUUGUAGUGUUAAAGGAGGUAACUUGCAGUUGUUGGAGGAGGGGGAGGGGGACAUAAAAAAUACUUAAUAUAUUUUGCAUAUGGAACCUCAGUAAAGAUAUUUCUGUAUGGUUGCAAUUGUUGAAGUAUACAAAUGAGCAUUCGUUUUAAAUGCAUGUACAUAUAUUGUCAAUAAUCUGUUUCCAAAGAAGUUCAGGGUAUCCUGGAUGCUGGUGAUUGACUGCCAUUAGUUCCCGGUGUGUUUGGCUUUUCUAGACUAAACAACAUUGCAAUUUAGCUUGUAAAUAUUAGCAUUCAUCUUGUGUGAAUACAAGUAGUAGAUGUAGAUCUACUGAAAGGAAGUAAAUUUUGAAACCACUUCUGGAUGUACAAAGUUUUUGUGUAAUGUGAACUGUUUUCAAAAUGUUCUGUUUAGCAGUCUUUUUUUAAAAAAAAAUACCAGUCAUCGAAGGGCAAAGAAACAUACAAGCAUUUCUUUAUAGACAUUUUGGAGAAACCCUUUUUGAUAUUUCAGUUUUGUGGGAUUAUUUUAUAAGAAUAUUUCACAUAAAGGAGUUUUGUAGAAACUAAUAAUAUAUUAAUGUUGUAGAUUUAGAUAUUUUAGUGAUUGUGCAAUGAAAGGAAGUGAAAAACAUUUUUGCACAAGAUGUUUAAUCGUUUAUUUGUUUACUAGAAUGUUACAUGCCAAUGAAAAAUGUUCAUGUAUAGUGUGUAAUUAGAAAAUAAGAACGAGUAUGCAAAUCUGGCCUGAUAAUUCUGCUGCUUGUCUGCUUUAUGCUGUUUUCUUUGUUCAAUUUUUUUUUCUGGAAACGAUAUGCCCUUAUUGGAGUUGAUCUAAUACAGCAGAUGUGUCCUGUUGUGGGGGACAGACAUGC